AUGAAUAUAACUAUAAAGAGUGGACAGCAAAAAUAUUCUUUGACUCAUCAUGGUAAUCAGUCUCCCCACAGUGAUCAUGUCAAGUCUGACAUGCCAAAGACAUCUGGGAAGCUUUUGGUUCUCAAACGAGGAUGGGAAAAUGGGGUCUCAUCUCCUACUCAUAAAGAUGCUGCUAGUCCAACAACAAAUAUGAACAGCAGAGGUACAACUAGCCAACAUGCUGUUGCUUCUGUUACAUCUGCUUCCUCUAUAAACUCGAAGAACCAAAAGCUAUCUGCUGGGGAACGCAAGGCAUCUACCUUGAAUCCAGUAGCUGGGUUUACUGUGGAAAAGAAACCUUCCUUGGCUCAAACCCAGAGCCAGAAUGAUUUUUUUAAUCUCCUGAAAAAGAAGACCUCUAUGAACAGUGUUUCUGGUCUCGCAGAUUCAGAUCCUCAUAAUUCAUCUUCCACCACAGAGAAAUCUGAAGUUUCAAAGGAAGUAGUGACUGCUUCUGCACCUGCUUGUGCUAAUGAGAAUCAUACUGCAGCAACUAGCAAUGGUGGCACCCGUCCUGAUGCUAAAAGAUUUUCUGAUGAUGGUGAAAAUUAUAUGACUUCCACUUCUAUGGUUUAUCCAGAUGAAGAAGAGGCUGCAUUUCUUCGUUCUUUUGGCUGGGAAGAAAACUCUGGUGAGGAUGAAGGCCUUACUGAAGAGGAAAUCAAUGCAUUUUAUCAGGAGGUAAAUACAUCUUUUUUUCCUUUUUGCUUACAUGAAGUUGAGGCCGUCUCUGAAACUGUGCAGCACAUGCUGCCAAAGCUGGCUCACACUUUCGCAACUAAUUUGGAUGGAGCUUCUGAACCAAGCUCAUCUGACCCCGUAUCUGAAGCCCGACUUUCUCUGUCCCUACAUAGUAAAUCCAAAGAAGUUCCAAUUUUGAUGGCAGAUCUUUAG